AUGGACUCUGAGCGAUCUCCCUCCUGUGAUGCAGUCUUUUGUGCUCCUGGCAAUGCAGGGAUUUCUAACUCUGGAAAUGCCACUUGUAUUCCAGAGCUUGACAUCUCUGAUAGCUCGGCUGUGAUCUCCUUUUGCCGCAAAUGGGGUGUGGGACUGGUUGUGGUGGGACCAGAGGCACCUUUGGUUUCUGGCCUUGCAAGUGAUUUAGUAAAAGCUGGAAUACCUACUUUUGGGCCAUCGGCAGAAGCUGCUGCUUUAGAAGGUUCAAAGAACUUCAUGAAAAAUUUGUGUGACAAAUAUGAAAUUCCUACUGCUAAUUACCGAACAUUCACAGAUCCAUCUGCUGCAAAGCAAUACAUUCAGGACCAGGGAGCACCUAUUGUCAUAAAAGCAGAUGGCUUGGCUGCUGGAAAGGGAGUUAUUGUUGCCAUGACACUGGAGGAGGCAUACGAAGCUGUUGAUUCAAUGCUUGUGAGGAGUGUUUUUGGUUCUGCAGGUUGUCGUGUCAUUGUUGAAGAAUUGCUGGAAGGAGAAGAAGCAUCUUUCUUUGCCCUGGUGGAUGGAGAGAAUGCUAUUCCUCUAGAAUCUGCUCAGGACCAUAAGAGAGUUGGUGAUGGAGAUACAGGCCCCAAUACUGGUGGGAUGGGAGCAUACUCUCCAGCACCGGUAUUGACAGAAGAACUUCAGUCAGUAGUCAUGGAAACUAUAAUUCUCCCAACGGUGAAGGGAAUGGCAGCAGAGGGUUGCAAGUUUGUAGGAGUUUUGUAUGCUGUGUUGAUGAUUGAGAAGAACUCUGGCUUACCUAAGUUAAUUGAGUACAAUGUACGCUUUGGCGAUCCUGAGUGUCAGGUGUUGAUGGUCCGGUUGGAAUCAGAUCUAGCACAAGUUCUACUUGCAGCUAGUAGAGGAGAGCUAAGUGGAGUAUCCCUGAAAUGGUCUCCAUGGUCUGCCAUGGUGGUCGUUAUGGCAAGCAAGGGGUACCCUGGGUCAUAUGAAAAGGGGACUGUGAUUCGAAACCUAGAGGAGGCCGAGAAUGUUGCUCCAACAGUUAAGAUAUUCCAUGCUGGAACAGCUUUGGACUCGGAUGGCAACUUGAUUGCUACCGGGGGACGAGUUCUUGGGGCCACUGCCACCGGAAGAGAUCUUGAAGAGGCACGGGACCGAGCUUAUCAAGCAGUUGAGGAAGUCAACUGGCCAGGAGGGUUCUACCGGCGAGAUAUUGGGUGGAGAGCGCUUCCCCAGAAACAAGUGGCUCCAAAAAAUAAACUGACGUCAACAAAAUGA